AAAUACAGCAAGGUUUCCAACUAUUAGCGGACUUGUUUUCCUUUAAAGGUUUUUCUACGCCUGCGAAAUUGAUUUUAUGUUUUAUUGAUUCUGACAUGACAGUUAAACGCAAAGGCGAAGUGAGUGUGAUUUUUUCGAAGACAGUCAUUUAUCAAUCUUAGUUUUAUUUGAGAAGUAUAAGUAUUUGGGCAAUAUGUUGGAGGUUAUGGUUAAAGAGAGAAGAGUCUGCAAAUUGUCAUCUGUAUAUAGUGCAAAAUGUCAAGAUAUAGUCAUUUAUGUCAAGAUAAUCCAUAUUCGAAGGCAAUCACUGGUGCUGCUCUCAUAGCGAUGAUUUUUAGAUAAAUUACUAUUCGUUGUUAAUUCCUAGAAUAUAAGGUAUCUAUCAGCAAACCUAAAUGGCUCGACAGGGCGGUGGUGAUAAAAUACUGCAUGUGUUUUUUGACAAAGUAAAAGAGAAUGUUCGUGCACAUCAAAAGCAAGUCUCGCUCGACUUCCAAGAACGUUUGAACGAACCUGUGAAAGAAGAACUCCCUCGUUUAUUUGAAAUCGAUGUUGACGCAUUUUAUCAAGGAGAAUAUUUUGCUAAAGAAGCGAGUGAUUAUCAACCAUUGCAAGAAUUUUCAAGAGAAACUCAAGAAAGAAAUUUUCAUACUCGGAAUGCUGAAAAAAUAAGUAACUUGAGUGAAAUUUUUCUCCCAGAGCCCAGUGAGUUUGAAGAUUCGGAGAAAGUCGAUUUUGAAAAUUUACUCCGUCAUGUGAUGAUAUUAGGUCCAGCAGGAUCAGGGAAAACAACGGCCUUAAAACGGUUUGGUCGUGAUGCGCUAAAUGGUGAAAUUUCAUAUAUACAGGAUGGAGAUCGAUUUAUACAUAUUGUCAGAUGUCGAAGUUUUGAAAAAGAUGAGAAAAUUACGGUGCGAGAGUAUUUGUUCCGAUACAUGUAUAGUCCGCCACUUUCAGAUGAUGAAAGUAGAAUCGGAUACAAAUGGGUACUUGAAAAUUCUGAAAAAGUUGUCUUGAUAAUCGAUUCACUGGAUACACUCGGUCAUGAGUUGGAUGAUGAAACUGAAUUGAUUGAACCUUGGGAUCAUGCUUGUCCAUCAAUCAUCCUCUACAACAUUUUUAUUGGUCAUAUCCUCAAAAAAGCGAAAAUUCUGUCUUCUUCGAGGGAGUACAAAGUGAAAAAUUAUGGUGGAAAAUUGCGUCCUGAUAGAAUCAUUUCUCUUGGAGGUCUCAACCGUGAAUCGAUUCAAAAUUUAGUAUUUGGAUUCCUAAAAGAAGAUGACGCCAAAAGAGCUUGGGAAAUUCUUGAUAAAAAAUGUCCGGAUUUGAUGGCCCUUUGUGAAAUUCCAAUGUUUCUUACAUUUGCCAUGGUUGUACUAGCUGAGAAGGAAUACGAAUCUUCUUUUGUUCCAAACACAGGAACUGGAAUUAUGAUAAACCUCUUACAAUAUCUUUUGCAUUCCAAGCAUGCUCGAGCAUCUGGAGAACAUGACAUUGAAUAUGUAGUCCAUGCUGUCAAUAAGAUGAAAGAAUUGGCUUUCAAAGGAACCAUGAAAGGAAAGGUUAUUUUCAGCGAGGAAGAUCUGACUGAAGUUGAAUUAACACCAAAUGAAGUGACAGAUCUUGCUAUUGUUGUUCCUGGAAGUCUAAACAAGGAAGAGCAAUAUCAGCAGAUAUUGGAACGUGAUAUAGAAGCCAUGUUUGCUCACCAGAUUAUUCAGGAGGUGCUUACAGCACUGUUCAUUGGACAGAAAUCUGAAAAGGAUUUUUCAGAGUUUAUCUCAAAGUAUUUACAUACGUCCGAGUUCUCAGUUAUCAGAAGAAUGCUGAAUGGUGUAUUUCUGGACCCUUUGGUUUCGGACGCCUUGGAAGAACUUCUUGAGGAUCAUUGCGAAAGAAAAAUUCAUAUUUUGGUGAAGAGUAUGGUUGCUGAGGUUGAAAAUUUUGAACAACUUAGCAAAAAUGGCCGACUGGAGUUGAUUCGUGCAAUACAUGAAGCUGGAACAGGCAGAAAAGAUAUUGUUCCUUCUGUAUGGAAUUCAAUCAAUCUUUCCUACAUGCCGUUGAUGACAGCUGACUUACAUGCUCUCGCCUCAUCUUUGUUGGAUUGUUCUUAUCUCAAGCAACUUAUUUUAUGGCAAUGCAAUCUCACAGAGGAAACUCUUCGUGAUUUUGCCAACAGAUUAGAGAAUUCCAGCGUUAAGAUUGACAAACUUGAUUUUGCAAGAAAUACAAAAAUGUCACCAAAAGGCUUCAAGAUUAUUGGUAACUUAGUGAAUCAACAUGAUGUAAAGAAUGUUAGUUUGGUUGGUUGUCAAAUAACACAAGAAGAAAUGAUUUCUUUUGAUGAUGGACUAGGAAACGCAACACAGAUCAUGAAAAUUGAUAUUGCUUACAAUGACAAAAUAUGUUCAAAGUUUGUUGGUGAUUUUGUAAGACGUCGACAAGUUCAACAUCUAAACAUGGAUCAUUGUAAAGUGAAUAGCGAAGAGAUCAAAGAAUUUGAAAAAGGACUUGGAAAUGCUACGGUAUUAGAAAUAUUAGAUGUUGGCGCCAACCCAGAUCUUGGUGAAGAUGGACUUGCAGUUCUAGGUGGGAUAGUCAAAAAUGGCACACUGCAGGAAAUCAGCCUAUACGAAAAUUAUCUCACAAUAUCAAGUGUAAAAGCGUUCGAUCAAGCUAUGGGACUCGAUUCUACUCUUACCUCAGUUGAUUUUGGAUUCAACGAGAACAUGGAAAUUGGAUGUUUUGAAGCCAUUGGUAAUUUUACAAGAAUACAUGAAGUUAAGAACAUAAGCUUGGCAGAAUGUCUGGCUUCCAAGCAGCUUAAGGCAUUUGAAAAAGGAUUGGGCGUCUCAGAGCACUUGGAGCUUCUAGAUUUGAGCAUGAAUCAUUACUUGAAACAUGAUGGGAUUUCAACUCUAGGCGAAACGGGACAAAUAUGCGCUUUACAGAAACUUAUUUUAGUUGAAGUAAGACUUGAUGCAGAUCUUCUUUCAUUGCUGGACGAAGGGCUUGGAAUGGCGAAGCUUGAGUUGAUGGAUAUUUCUCUCAAUGAUGGUCUCAGUUCUGAAGGGCAUGGUAGAGCUGGCUCAAAGGGAAUGGAUGCAUUGGCCAAAAUUGUUGUGAAUCAUGAUAUAAAGAAUCUGGGUAUCUCUGGCUGCAAGUUGUGUGCAGAAGAUGCGAUCAAUUUUAGGGAAGCAGUUGGAGAGUACAAGGUUGAAAAACUGAUGAACAAAAAGAGAAUCAACUAUUUCAGUUCAAGUUCAAAAGUACAUGAUAAUCAGCUCGAUGCCAUGUCUGAAUUUCUUCCUGUUGUAUCCAAGAAUAUUGACAUGGCGGGAUGGGAGUUGAAACAGCAUGAGCUGGAUUUCCUAAAAGCAAAGGCUCUGCAAUGUUCCCAGAAAAUUAAUCUUUCGCUCGACUUUGGCACAGAAAAUGCAACAAAUACAAUUGUCAUUUCUUCACCUGGUUUCCAAGAAUCGAAGUUACAAGAAUCGAGAAACAGUGAAUCGCAGGAUCAUGUUGUGGCUUUUACCGAGGUUGAGGGCGUGGUGGACCCGGAUGGAGGAAUGUUACAGAUUGGCAACAGCUCUAUAACUUUUCACCCUGGGACUUUCCAAACCAGAACAAAAAUAUGGAUGAGGCUGGAAAUUGACAGCACUAAAUGGCCAGAACAUUACCUGUGCAUCACUCCAAUGCUUUAUGUAAAAGCGGAAAAUCGUCUGACAAUUCCAGCGACAGUUCGGCUAUCUUCUUGGUGCAAAAACAAUGGCACCAAAGAGUCAAGAGGAAGCAAAGUCGAUGUUCUGCAUUGUCCAGACAACGAAUCAAAAUGGAGAGUCAUUGAGCGCCUUCCAUUCAAUAACGACCUCAUUUUUCAAUUCGAUUGUCUUGAUUUCAGCCCCGUUGUUAUUGGUCAGGAAGAAGGUCAUUUGCAGCAAGAUAACUUCGUUGUUCAAGGUUUUAUUUAUGGACACAAACACAAUCUUUCUCUUUUGUUUUGUCUGAAUAACGAGCUCGUUAAAAGUCAACUUGAUAGUGAUAUGAAAAAUCGUAAUGCAAAAUCAUUGAUGGCUUUCACACUCAUUACCGUAAAAUACGAGGAUAUACUGAAGACAGUUAUGAGAAUGGAAGGUGAAUCAGAAGAUCAAGAAAAUCCAAUUUCGAAAUCUUUUCAAAUCAAUGAGGAUUUUCUUCAAAAUAUUGGAAGAAAACACUUCAAUUUUUCCAUACCAAAAAAUAUGAAAAAAUUCUCUUCGAUUCAAUUUCAUUGUGACCUUUACAAAAAUGAUGUCAUUGAAGAAGAUGACCAAUGUUUUUACUGGGAAUUGAGUUCUGUUACAGAAUCUGGCAAAACUGUUCAUGUGCAUGGGGACGUCAAUGCUGGAGUUUUUGCUGUCAAUUCAGAACUGAAAUUUGACGGAGGAGAGUACGAAAUAGAUUGCCAAUCUUCUGAAGCUGAAUCAAUCGCUGUAGAAAGUCAGUCAGCUGCCAGCAGCUCAAAGAUGGAAGAAACAAGAAGAAAAAAAAUUGUCAGUGAGGUUGCAGAACAACAUGCCAGAGGACAGAUAAACGAUGAAAACUUAUGCCUUGGAUUGGAAUCAGUAAAAAUAGAUUCCAAGAAUAAAAAAAGAAGUGAUUCUGAAGAAUAAUCUAAUUGGAGGAGUUCGUUUUCAACUUUUCAUAAUUACAUACUGGUACUUUCUUCAAUAUAGAUAUCUUGAUCGUGUUGCAUUACUCUAAAAUAAUUGUCCAAAUAAAUGAUAUAGGCCUGGAGUGGCUGCUUUUUACCGCGAUCACCUAAAAUCUUCAAAAUAGCUCGCGAUCGACUGACCGGUACUAAGGUCAUACACAAAAACUAAUGAGUACUGAAUAUGCAGAUAACUGCACACACGCAUAUGAAAAAAGUGCACAGCUGCUAAUAAGCUAGGCUCUGUCGGCGAAUUCUUUAUAAAAUCGCCACAACAAUUUGUAUUUUUAUGUUUCUUUUAAUUUGAUUACGCAAUUGUACCCGGAGUAAGUGCUUCAUCAUUUAUUUAAAGAUUUAUUCGAAUCAUACAAUUAAAAUCUUAGUAAGGCCUGCCUAAUCUUAAGUCGUAAGUGUUGAAAAUUCUUCAAAAAACCUUGUCAAGUAUCCACGUAUAAUCUAAACAGCAGAAGAUAAAUAUAAUUUCAAAUCAUAUAACUGCUCAACAUGAUUGUUUAUCUUAUGUGUGUCCCGCUUAUUUAUUUCUAAUUAUGCAGAAUUUUGUUACCAUACCUAUGCUUUAGAAUCUAGAUUGAUAUAUGCAAUUUGAUGUGAUGUCUAUUUAUUUGUCUUGUAAUGGUAGAAAUAUAGAUGAGCUUACAAUAAUGUUGUAGAUCUGUAGAAUAAAAUUAGAUUUUCUGAUUAAAUGACU